CGCGUUUCGGAAAAUUCAGUGGACGAACGUCCGAGCGCAGGGGAUGAGGCGGAGGGUCCCGUAAACUGCGGGAGGGAAGCGGAGAGUAACCGAUGCGCAGUGUUCUGGGGGCAGCCCACAAGUGUCGCCACAGUUCCGGCACCAACAUUGCAUGCCUACAACUUCCUAACCUGUACGUCUUUGGAAUGUGGGAGGAAACCCACGCAGACACGGGGAGAAUGUACAAACUCCUUACAGACAGUGGCCAGAAUUGAACCCGGGUCGCUGGCAUUAUGCUAACCGUUACACUACCGUGCCAGAAAACAUUGAAGCUGGACAACCAUUAAACUAUUGUGUAUAAUCUUGGUGAACACUGUGCCCCACUGCUUUCCCAAUACAGCAGAGAAGGUUGAGUCUGUUGAAGGCCUUCAAAUCUGUGGAAUCUUAUGAGAGAUGGUAAUUUCAAUUAGAGUGGGUUCAGUUGCAGAUCAAGGAGGGACUGACAUUUAUUUAAAUAUCUGAACGCCAGAGUGCAUUACCUGCUAUGGUGAUGGCACACAGUCUCUGUUACAGCUCAUUGGCACCUUCUGGCAGACAGCUGUUUCAGUCACCUGGACUGGACAUUUAUGGGAGAAAUGCAUCACAUAUGGCAGCACACAUCCAGAAUCCAAAACAGCAGUCGGAUUGUUUCAUACCAGAGUAUUGUGAUCCCACUUUACAACUGAAUGGAAGCGGCUUUAGGCAGGCAGAUGGUAUAAAUGAAAAUAUGGAUAUUGCUGUGGAGACUCCAGUAUGCAAUCCUUCGAAUGGAAUGAGAACUACUGCAAAUUAUGAACUUAAGCACAUGCCUAUGAGGAAUGAGUUUUGUUCCAGAAGGAAGCACAAGCGGGAGCAGGAGGAGGAUGAAGCUCCUGCUCAAAAGAAACGUUUAACCGAAAAGAUGCUGGAUUGCCUGGUAACUUCGGGAAACAUUUCGUGCAGCUCUUGGCCUUGCAUUCCAUAUCCCCAAGGAAAUGGGGUACCUGAUGUUGCCUCCACCUCUUGGCAGGAUGAGUCUACCUCACAGGAAUUUAGGGUGGUGGAGAACAAAGAGAGCUGCAUGGAGGUGAAAACUGAUCCAAACCAAAUCGGACUGGAAAGGUUGAAGGAGAUCGAAAAUCGGCUCGUUUCGAGAGAUGAUCCAGAAGUUGACGCAGUUGAGAUUUCAGAUAUGCCAGUGCUGGUCUUGUCUGAUUCCCUCCGAGAAGAGCUGAGACAUGGUCUGGAAGAAGUUUUGCCUCAUACAAUAAUGGAAUCCCUGAAUCGUCCAUGCAUGGAACUUGUUCUGUGGAGACCCCCAUGUGAGCCUCUUUCAGAUAAACUUGCAGCAUUAACAGAGCAAAGGAAGUCCAAGCAUAGGGAGCUCCAGUGUGAUCCUGAUUUAUACAAGAGCACAAAACUGGAUUCAUCCUUAAUGUGUGGUGAUAUGAAUCAAACCAGCACACCUGAAGAGGACAUGGAGCUUUAGAGGCAACUUGCAGCACAGAUCUGUGGGGUAAAAGCAUUGUAACUUGCAGAGAAUCUCCAUCAGCUGGGAAUGGAGUAUUUUGUUAAAGUUUAAAAGAUUUUAAGUGACACUGAGGUUUUGAUGCCCCCACUGUUCUUGCAUAAAUCAAACACUGAAACUAGUCAUUGCUGCAGUCUAUAUUGUGUCUGUGACUGCACAUGGAUAUCCUUUCUACAUAUAUUUUUAAGUCUGUUCUUAUUGCAGCCAAUUUAUCUCUGAUCUGAGAUCUGGAAUAAUCAGCCAUAGGCUGUCCAUUGUCAAAUAUUUACCUGUGGUUAGUUUUGAGAAAAUAAGUGCCGUAAUUUAUAAUGCUCUUGAAAUGCUGUUUGUUUUCUAUGUAUUACAUGAAGAGAUAGGGAACUGGUAGAAGCAUUCCAAGGAGUGUUCAAGAGAUUUGUAUGUUAUAUGGAUGUACAUUGAAGCAUUGUUUGACUCUUGGCUGAAAGUUUUAACUAUGAACUUAUUUGGUAUUGAACUCAAAAUACAGACUAGGUUUUCUUGCGCUAUGACAAAUGGAGAGAAAACUAAAUAAAACUUGA